AUGGCCAUUCAGAUGGAACAAGUUCUUUUCCUGCUGGUGUCGCUGUGCGCGGUCCUCUCUGCUGGCGAUCACACACCUCCCUUCAAACCACUGCUCCCCUCCGGCUAUGGCAAGUCUUCCCCGCUGAUGGGAUUCCCGAGCUUCGUGCCCAAGCACGGUAGCGGACCGAAACCGUACAUGACGCAGUUCCGCGCCGGAACGCGGCUCUCUCCAGUAGCAAUCCGGCCAGCUCCAUCAAUGAUUAUGAGUUUGAAAAGACCCAUCAAAUCCAUUCUAAGCCACCCUUCGCUUAUGAAGCAACCGCUGCUGAAGCGUCACCCGCCGCUGUCCUUCGCGGCCGCCAGCAUCAAGCACCACAAGUUCCAGAGUUCUCUGGCCGGACCGAGUACGGGCGACAUUGUGUUCGAGAAGCUAAAGCCGAUAACCACCAAGGUCACGUCGCACAAGGAUGGCGCUAUUCAUACGAUCCCUGCGCCCAACCUGGGCCUCACGAAGCCACCGAGUGGCCCGAACCAGAUCCGUGUGUCGUCGUACGAGGACAGCAACAAGCUGGAGAUCGAAGUGAAGACCACCAAGCCGACGCUGACUCCCAAACCGGCCUUCCUGUACUCGCCAACGCCCGCUCCGGUCGUGGUGCCGUACAACCAUCAGCACCAUCACCACAUCAUCGGUAACCCGCACCAGCAGUACCAGGUGACCGAGGAGCACUCGAACGACGUGACGAUCGGCGAUCUGUACUCGGGCAAGAAGACGUACUUUGCACCGGAUCCCGAUCCGUCGCUGCCAAGCAAAACGCUCGUGCCAACAUCCGACCCGCUGAGCAUACCGAGCAAUGGCAAGUUUGGACCGGCCGGCGUGCUCCUCCAAGCACCCGUCCCACCGCACUAUCCGGGCCUGCAGCCGCAGACGAGUGCCUCAGCCGUCAUUCAGUACGUCAACGCGGUACCGCAGGCGAGCUACGCCAUCCCGCUCGCCACCCAGCCGCAGCUGCAGCAGCACAUCCUCCAGCAGACGGCCAUGCUGCAGGAGAUGCCCGUUUCGCUCUACAAUCCCACCUAUCUCGUCACCCAGUCCAACAACCUUUUCAACACCCACCAACAGCAGGCGGCGGUGAAUCUCUUCAAGCCGGACACCAACUUCCUCGGCACGGUUCAAGGCCAGCAGCAGCACCACAGUCCGGUGCACGCCCAGGCGCAAACGCAAACACCCGCCCCGGCGACCGUGCUGUUCAACUCGUACAACGCGUACAAUAAGCACGGUGAAACGGCGGCCAGUACGGGCCAGAUCCUUACCGCCACCCAGGACCAGCUGCACGAGCUGCAGUCGGUGGUGAACCAGAUCCAGCUGAACGAUAUGCACAACCAGCACCAGUCGUCCGAUAUGCCGACGUACGCGCAGCUCGUUGGCCACGAGCAGCCGGCCGUCCAUCAGCAGCAGCUACCGCAGCUCAACCAGCUCGAGCAGCAGCUGCAGCAGCAGCUAAUCCAGCAGCAUCACUCCCAGCAGCAGCAGGACCCUCAGCGCCAGAUGACCGACGCGGAAAUCGCCAACCUGCUCAAUUACGGUAUGAUCAACCUGCAUAACAAUCUGCCCCCGAGCGACUACUACCACUACCAGGUGGACCAACCGACGGCGGUGCAGCAGCCGGGCGGCGCGCCACACUCCUUCUACGAGCUGUCCGAGCGCCAGAAGGAGAACGAUCGCAUACUGGCGCAAGCGCAGCAGGAGCUUUACCACCAACAGGCCCAACAGCAGCAGUACCAGCAGACCCAGCAGCAUCAGUACCAGCAGCAGAUGCACCACCAACAGGAGCAGCACAACCAGCAAGGCCAGCAGCAGUUCCAGCAGCAAACGGGCAGUAAUAACGCCGACUACCUGCAGGCGUACCAGGAGCACCAGCUGGCCGUUUCCAACAUCCUUGGGUUGCAGGAGAACCCAAGCGCUAGCAACACCGGUGGCUCGCAGCAACAGCAGCAGCAGCAGUACCACCAUGCGCAGGUCGGCAGCACGGUAGAGCCGCAGGUGACCCAGAGUCCGCUGCGAAUAUACGUCCCGGACGGCGAGCACGAGUAUUCUAACAACGUGAACGCUCAGAAACGGAUGGAUGAGAUCGAUUUCGAAUACGCAGACUCGGAGGGCACCGAGCAGGCGGAUGGCGGACACAACACGGCCACAAAUGCGCACGCACGUUCCGACGAUCCGUCGGCAACGAUGGCGACGCUCGAGGAGCACACUACCGACGCAUACUACGACGACCGGGCCGAUGCUGCUGAUGGUGAAUCGCACGAUGAUGAUAAAUACUACAGCAAAAAUCUAAGUAACCAUCGGCUGGAAUAGGCUGCCGUUCGAUAUUCCUCCUCUGCCAGUAGGGAGUUGUUAGGGUUAAUGUGGUUGUGUUGUAGUAGGAAAAUAAUAACCGGGUCGUGAUUUGUUCAGAACGGUUGGGCCGAACAUCGUGGAAAGAAGAAGCUAGGAUUUAGUAUAUAACGAGCUUUUACUCGUUUAGUAUAAGACGGAGAAGACGCAUUAUUUAUUUCAUUGAAUACCGAGAGUAGAAUAAAACUUCCA